CCCGGGCGCUGAAGAUGUCCGAGGUGCGGCCGCCCCCGCUGCGGGCCCUGGACGAUUUCCUGCUGGGCCCCGCGCGCCUGGCGGCCCCGGACCCGCGCGACCCGCAGCGCUGGAGGAACCGGGUCCUCAACAACCUGCUCUACUAUCAGAGCAACUACGGGCUGGGCCUGGGGCUGGCGCUGCUGCUGGGGGGGUACUUCCGGCCCCUGCACACCCUUCUCUCCAGCUCCACGGUGACCCUCGUCUUCGUCACCUUCGUCUGGGCGGCCGAGAACAAGGCCCCGAUCCGGCGCUUCCGCCGCAGCUACCCCAGCGCCAGCCUUCUGGCCAUGCUGGGGAGCGCCUAUGGCCUGGUGUCUCUCUUGGGGGGCUCGGAGGUCUUCCUGCUGACAGUCGCCCUGCCCAUCUCCAGAGAAGAAACCUUGGAGAACUCCAAAAACCUGGAAAAACACUUUUUAAGAGAUCCUGGAGUCUUUUCCUCCAUAGUUGACAGGAAAUUAAUCUGGGAUUCCCUUCUCACACACACAUAUUGUGGGGGCAGGGUUGUUAGGGGGAGAAAAAACCCUGGAGAAAUCCUCCAAAACCUGGAAAAACAAUUUUACAAAGAUCCUGGUUCUCCCUGGUGAUUUUUUUUUUAAAUCCCAUUGGUUUUCCAUUCCCCUGCCUCUCUUGUGGUUUAUUUGUGGGGUAGGUAGAAAGCUGUGGCUGAACAAUGAAUAAAUUCCCUGUAAGCCUGGAAGAAUCCAGGUUUUCUUUACCCCAUAGCAGGGGGCAUUUUUACUUGGUUUAAUGUAGGGUCUCCCAAAGCCACUCGAAGGAUAGCCAACAGAAUUCACUGUUCUGCUCUAGGAAUUAGUGGAGGGCCAUUCUCUGGCCUGCAUGAGAUGGGGAGUUCAGACUGGAAGAUCACACAAGUCCCUUCUGAUGUGAAAUGUAACUGCCCCAAGGAAGUACGCUUUUUACUGUUCUGUGGAACGCCUUGCCUCAUGAUUUCCCCCAGAGGUUUUUAGCAGAGUUCAGUAUAGAGCUAGGGGACGAGGAGAAAGGCUGCUGUGUUAUACGCGAGGUCAGAGUGGUCCCUUCUGAAAAUUUGGGACAUCCCUGCUCCAAAAUGAAAUGAAAACCAGAAAAAAAAAAUCCCAGCAGGGCACUGCCAGAGGCAAUGGUAUCAGUGGUGGGAUUCCCAGGUAAUUUGCUGGUUUUGGAGAGGGGCAGGGCCAGGCCCCUUCCUGACGCACGCUGUAUGCCCUGCUGGGAGGGGGGCAUUUAAUGCCCCAUUUGGAGGCAGCGAGUGACUCGUGCUCUUGCCGCGUCAGUCACACUCAAAACAGUUCACACCUCUGCGAGUGACCAGUUCAGGCUUUCUGCUGACUCGGGCAGUGUCAGUUAUACUGAGGGAAUGUCUACACUUCAAACGCUGCUGAGGCACCUCAGUGAAGACCCUCUAAGCAGCAAGCGCUCACCCAUAGUUAAUCCAGCUUCCCGAGCGGCGGGAGAAGUUCUCCCACCAACCUGGCACUGUCUACAUGGGAGGUUAGGUCAGGGUAACUAUGUUGCUCAGGGGUGUGUGGAUUUUUCACACUCCUGAGUGACACACAGUUAUACUGAUUUAGGUCUGUAGUGCAGACCUGGCCUAAGGACAGUUCAGACCUUUGCAAGCGAUUGGCUCAGGCUCUCUGCAGAGCCAGGCAGGGAUUGGUUCACCCCUCUUUGAGCAAUCAGCUCAGGCUCUCUGCAGAGCCAGGCAGGGAUUGGUUCACACCUCUGCAAGCUAUUGGCUCGGACUCUCUGCAGACCCAGGCAGAGAUCAGUCCCCCCCCCCGCGGGCAGUUCACACCUCUGCGAACAAUCAGCUCAGGCUCUCCACAGACAUUUUGGGACAUUUCUCCCCAACCGUAAGGGUCAGAAAUGCCCUUCCCUCCCUCCACGAUAGCCCAGGCUCCGCUCUCGCCGGCGCACCCCCACACACACACGCCCCCAGCCAAGCCACUACGCCACAGCCUUGCCUCUGCGCUCUGUAUUAUACAAACCCCGUUCUGCACCGUGACCCGUUUGACAUUCGCCAUAGAAAUUCCCACUACAAUCCACGCGCUGGGAACGGGACAAAGUCGAGGCCCAGAGCCCGUCGCAUGUUGGUGCCUGUCGCUACUAACACAUGGCCCAGGGGAGGUGGGUAUGCACGCGGGACCUGGGGGGGGGGCUACAGUCCCCAUCCCCCCACCCCACUUCCCCCGAAAUAAAAUCCAG